AUGAUAAAUGAGCAAGAUAUCGACACUCAUCUUCCCGCUUCCGAAGAAUCCUUCCAAGCAGGCCUGAAAGAGCACACGAGCCCCUUGAGAAGCAUGUUGAACCUAGAAGGCCAGAAGUUUGCUGCUUUCGCAGCACGAGUCCUCGCCGCAUCCCACUUCCACCAAGCUUGCCAACACUCCGCCAAGACCUCUUCAGAGCAAGACACAUGGCAUAUCCAAUCAAGUUUAUACUGGAAGCGCCAUCGCGAGAUUGACAACGAUUUGUCUAUUCUCCUUCACUGCCUUCCAGAGGAUAUCAAACUACCCAACAACAUACGUUGUCAAAACGCGACUUUUGUCAACAUCAUCAUCCACACUUCUGUAAUCUGCCUUCCCAGGGCAGCCAUAUCGAGGACGCAAAAGGUCGGAAGUUGGGAGGGAACAGUCCGUCAAAGCAGAUUCCGACUCAUUGCUGCGGCGGAGGAGAUCCUCAAUAUUCUCAGCAUGAUGCCAGACGUCAACGACGUGCUUCAGAACCCGAUGCUAGUGUUUCUUGAUCAGCCUGAAUCGGCUGAACCUGACUAUCAGCGGCAGGGGAAUCUUGACUUAACUCUCCGCUUCGUGAUUCUGGCAGUCACAACUUGA